UAAGCGCCGAUAUUAUUUUUCUCAAAUUCUAACAUAUGAGAUUGAUCGCGAUGGAGGAUUCUAACUUCUCCAACGAAGACAUUGAUAAUCAAACUUUUGAACACUGCAAGGAAACUCCGGAGCAGGACAGAACCAUAACAGAUAUAUCUUCUAGAAAUUUUGCAAACGACCAUUUGAUAACCGAGGAUGCACAAGGGUCUUCUACUAGACCAAUACAAGAAGAAGAUGGAAAUACGAAAGUCAAUAGUGGAGAUCUUCAGAAUAAUGAAAUCAAAUCGCCCAAGCAUCAAGAAAAUAUUAAGAGUGAAUUACCUGGGAGUAGUGCCGCUUGCGCUAAUGAAAGUGUCUCCUUCCCUAACCCACAUAGGGAUCCAACAAGACACUCAGGAGUGGGAGUGGAAAUCAAUAUUGACAUUAAAGCGGCGCCACAUUAUAGGCCCGGUAAGCCUAGUGUAGUUGGCCAAGUCCAUGUUGAUACGGUCUGUUUGACCUGGGAACCACCAAGACAAUGCUAUGAAAACCACAACUACCAGCUAAGGUAUAAAGAAAUGAACGAAAAUGCAAAAUGGACAUUCUAUCCCGAGUUAGCUGCAACUAGCACGUUUACAAUGAACAACCUGAAGUCAGAUACACAAUACGUGUUCCAAGUUAGAAUGGUUAAUGAUGAGGCUGAAGGGCCGUAUAGCGAAGUUAGCGACCCUGUGUUGACAAUACAAUCUGCGGCUCAGCACUUAAUGAAUUUCAUGUAUGACGUCACAAGACCUGAUGUCGACAUGGCAUUGAAAAAACUCCCAUUAGAAGAAAACUUGGAGACAAGGAACGAACAAGCGAAAACAAGGAAAUUAGUUAUAGGUGAGGCUAGCAAAACGCAUUCACUAGAAAGAACUAUAAUGCUUGUUGGAGCAACAGGUAGCGGAAAAAGUACUCUUGUUGACGGAAUGAUCAACUACAUACUAGGAGUCAACUGGAGCGACACAUACAGGGUGACACUUGUUGAUCUAGAAGAAGAAGAAGUUAAUAGGGGAGCUGAUCAGGCAGUCUCCCAAACACAGUGGAUCACAUGCUACACGAUACAUCCGGUGCGAGGUAGCCGGCUGAACUACACUUUGAACAUCAUAGAUACUCCAGGAUUUGGAGAUACACGUGGGAUUGAUCGAGACAAGGAAAUCAUUGAGCAGAUCCGAACAUUGUUUUCUCGGGAAGACGAAACUGGCGUCCUUUUCAUCGACGCCGUCUGCUUUCUUAUCAAAGCACCUGAUGCUCGCUUAACUCCGACGCAGAUGUAUAUCUUCAAUGCAAUUAUGUCACUGUUUGGACAAGACAUAGAAAACAACUUUUGUAUGCUUGUCACAUUCGCUGAUGGAAAACGACCACCAGUAUUGUCUGCUUUGAAAGCGGCAAAACUACCACACGAACAGUACUUUCCUUUUAAUAACUCUGGUCUCUUUGCCGAGAAUACCGGAGACAAUGUCUCGUGUUUUUCUCCCAUGUUCUGGGAUAUGGGUUGUAAGAGUUUUCAGAUGUUCUUUGACAAGCUAACGAAGAUGGAAACAAAAAGUUUAAGGCAGACAAGAGAUGUUCUUGUACAGCGUGAACAUAUAGAAUUAACCAUGGAAAAUCUUCUUCCGAAGUUAGAUGCUGGCCUCCAUAAAAUCGAAGAGUUGCGCGUUGAAAUCAGAAUAUUGGAAGAUUACAAAACUCAGAUUGAAGAAAACAGCGAUUUCACUUACACUGUGACCGAGACGGAGCAAAAGCAGAUAGAUUUGCCCAAAGGUAAACAUGUAACAAACUGUCUCAAUUGUCAUAUGACGUGUCAUAAAGAUUGUGCGUAUCCUAAUGAUGAGGACAAAAAGAAGUGUUCUGCGAUGGAUAGAGAUGGGUACUGCAAGCAAUGUCAGAGCCGUUGUUUUUGGGAUAUCCACAGAAAUACUCCCUACAUAUUUGAAUACGUCACCGUACAAAAACAAAAGACAUACACAGAGAAGCUUGAAAAGUACCGUCGAGCCGAAGGCGAAACAAUGACACGACAAAAGGUCGUAGAAAGAAUGUAUGACGAACUGUAUGAACUUGAAGACGAUAUCAUGGACCUUAUGGACACCAUUAAUAAUUGUAACAACAUUCUAAGACAAAUCGCGCUUAGACCCGACCCGCUGAGUGUUGUUGAGCAUAUUGAUCUACUGAUUGAAAGCGAGAGACUGGAAAAACGUCCAGGUUUUCAGGCGCGUAUUUCAUCCCUUAAACAGUGUCGAAAAAAGGCAACCAUUGGUGAUGACGUUGACCGUUUCAGGACAGGUUUCACGGACACGACAAGAAUAAUUACCGCCCAAGUGAAUUUGCCACCUAAACCACCAAGAAAGAAACAGAGGACAAGGGGAAAAUUCAGUGUCUUCAAACCAGUUAUGGACUACUUCAAAAAGUGAUUGUGCGAAGAAACUACUCUGUCACGUGCUUGUUCUGAAGGACUCUGUACUUCCUAAAUAUUAGGUGUGUAGACGUUUUUACUUGACGCUUUAUUUACCUAGUAAAAGGUAAUGGAGUAUGGUAAUGUUUGCGAUUGUUGUGUGCUGAAAUUAUUAAUACUUUUAAAACUAUUAUUGAGUGUUGAAUUUUAACUUUCCCCACAUCACGCAUUUUGCUUAUAGUGCUUUUUAUAGUUUCAAACUAUGCAGACAUUUUAGUUUAUAUUGUGAAUGGAUUGCAUACUUUUAUAAAAUUUGAACUCAUUUUACGUAUUUAGUUGAAAUAUUUUAUUUCUGCAAGUUUAGACUCCUACUACCAUUAAUUCAGGAAUUGGACGGAAAGCUAUCUUAGCUUACGGUUUUCCUCUCCUUAUAUCACGUAUUCAGUUACUACUGUUAGUUGUUUAGUACCAACAAAACACUGACAUUAGUUGUUUUUUUACUUUAUUGCUUAUUUUGUAACAUUAUAAAUGUCAAUUCAAUUUUAAUCUAUAAAUUUCAAUAGUUGAGAUACAUUGUAAGGGAUGCUUAAUACUUUUUCUAUAUGUGUUAUUGAUUUGUUGAUAGUUUUUAAAUUGCAUUGACAUGAUACGGUGGACGACUCUUUAUGUUAUUGUGUUACAUAUCAUAUAUAUACCUAGACUGUCAAAUCCUUCACAAUGAUUUGCUCAGUCCAUAUAGUGUCAUUUUAUCAAGAAACUGGAUCAAUACUGUAUGGGGAAAACUUAUGUAUUGUUAAUAGGUUAAUCUGUUAGUUUUCGCUUUUAUUUUUUCAAAUAAACUGGGAUCAGAAACUCUU